AUGGCAGGCCGUCUGUCUGGAUGGCUUCACGGCUUCGUCAAUGACGGACCGCCGGAGCUGCCCAGGAAGCGCAGGCAUCUGCUCACACCAGCGUCCUCUACCACCAACCUCGCGACCCAGCCCAGGUCUGAUGCCACAGUCAACAGCGCUCUUUUCCAGAGGCUCCCGGCCGAGAUCCGCAUCCAGAUCUUGACGGCCGCCUUUGGCGAGCGCACCCUGCACAUGGACUUACUUCUCAGCUACCCGCCAUGGCGGAGCAAGCCCGUUGCCCACGACCGCGCCGUCCCCGGCCAUGCCGGCUUGUUCGUCGAGCCCAGCCGAGCCGGUGACGGAAAGUACUAUCCUGUCCUUGACACGACAGCACGCCAGGCCUGGCUGUGGCACGGUUCCGUCUGCCACCGCAACCCACCUGGGACGGAUCUUAGCAACGGCCACACCGUCCAGCCAUGCCAGGACCAGUGUCGCAGCGGCAUCACUCCGGACAAUACAUGCAACUUAUGGCCGGGCAUCGGCCCGGACAAGUGCCGAAUUGGUGCCAUGGGCUGGCUGCUAUCUUGCCGACAAGCGUACUUGGAGGGCAUCGACAUUCUGUACGGCACAAACACGAUACAUACCGCCAGCAAGGCCUUGAUCCUCAACGCUGAUCGUCUCCUGCUGCCCCAGCGCGUGGCGGCCAUUACAUCCCUCGAGGUGCUGUGGGAUUUUGGACCGUAUCCCCCGUGGGCGGACAGCUUUCCCAGCAAGACCAAGGAGCUGCUGGGGGCUUUCGAGGAUAUGCUGCGGGCCGUGCUAUCCUCGUUUCGCGGGCUCAAGGUGCUGUACAUUUCUGUGCAGUGGACUGGACGAGACCCUCUUGUUGUCGAUCCGGGAAAGGUCGGCAGCGGCUCUGAGGAUAUCGUGGAGCAGUUGCUGAUGCGUCGCGUGGACGCCUUGGUGCGGCAGCUGCCAGCGCGUGUGGCUGACUUUGCUUUUGCCGUGCCCAGCUCUAUUUACGCGGAACAGUGCCAAAUCGCGCGUGAAACGCCAGGUAGGACAGUGGAGCAUGUCUCAGACGGCGCCACGUAUGAGCGCUUCUGGCGACCAGUCGGAAAGAGCAUCGCCCACGCUGGAUAUUGGGUGCGUCUGGGCCAAAAGGACAUGAGGAUAAGCCAGCACAGCAUGAUGUUGGACAGCCUGCCACCCCAUGAACGGAUUCUGUACGCGCAAUGA